AUGGUCACCGCUGUGAUGUCUUCAGGGGCGUCAGCGACAGCAGGAACGACUCCGCGAGCAGCAGCAGCAGAGGCAACAGCUGCUGCUGCUGCUGCUGUUGCUGCCACACCCCCAACGUUGCUGCUGCGCACGGCUUCGGCCACUACUGUACCGCCCCUGGCUUCACUUAGACUCGUACGGAGCCACAGCAGCAGCGACUGCAGCAGCAGCAGCAGCAACGGCAGCAGCACGCGGAACAACAUUGUCAGCAGCGACUGUAGUGACGGCAAUGAGUCGCCUAGACCUGCUGCAGCUUCUGCUGCUGCUUCUGCUCCAGCAGCAUUGGCAGGAACAUCCCUUUUCUUGAGAAGCUUUACUUUUGACAGCAGCGCUGCCAUCGGCAGCAGCAGCAGCAGCAGCUGCAGCAGGCAGCGGGUGGCUUCUUCCUCAGCAGCAGCUGCUGUCCGCAUCAGCGAGCGGCGGCUGCGGGGCAGCGAGCUACCUUCUGAGAGCAGCAGCACAGCAGCAGGAGCAGCAGCAGCAGCGCAGCUGCAGCAGUUUGCUGCUGCUUGGUGGGCGCUGCCCUCGGUGGACACCCUCUGCAGCAGCAGCAGCAGCAGCACGGCCAUUUGCUCGUCGCUGGACAAAGCAGUUGCUGCUGCUCUCUUUCCCACGAACCCGCCGCUGCGGCUGCAGCCCCUCCUUUCUGAAGAGCAACAGCAGCAGCAGCAGCAGCAGCAGCACCUGCUGCUGGAGGCUGCUGUUGCCAGGGAAAUGCGAGACACGCUGCCCGCUAUGUAUCGGCAGCGGCAGCAGCAGCUGCAUGCUCUCGCGCUGCUGCAGCCUGAGGCGUACCGACAGUGCAAGGGCCUCCAAGCAGCAGCUCAAAUCUAUAAAGAAAGUCUGGCUCUGCUGCAGCAACUAUUUGAGCCCCAGCAGCAGCAGCAACAGCAAGAGCAGCAGCAGCAGGCCGCGGCCGCUGCUGCUCCCGCCGCUGCAACAUGUGCAGCAGCGGCAACAAUGGGAGCUGCGGGAGCGGCAGCAGCAGCAACAGGAGCACCAGACACGGGGCGGCCGCCAGCAGCAGUUGCUGCAGCUCAGCAGGAGCAGCAGCAGCAAGCAGGAGCCGCACCAGAAGCAGCAGCAGCACUGCGGCAGCAGCAGUCCAGCUUGGUGGGAGAACUUAUGAUGGGUAUAAGGGACUACAUAGGGCCCCUGGCGGGCAGCUCUGGCUGUGGGGGCCCCUCGGGAGGCCCCUCCGGGGGCCCCUCGGGGGGCCCUUCGGGGGCACCCCUGAGGCGCUCGCAGGGGGCCCCUCCAGGGGCCCCCACGCAGCCAAGCCGCAAGCAGCAGGCGGCGCUGCUGGCUAUUUGCGAUAAGUUUUUGGAGUCAUUUUUUAGUGGAAGAGUUGCGGCAGAAAUAUUGAGAGAAAGAUGCAUUGGCGCGUUGGAGGGAUGGAACCCGUCAGGUGCUGCGCUGCAGCAGUGCGCUGUGGACUCGCUGGUAGUCCGCGCAGCAGCAAAUGCGCAGCGGCUGGCACAUAGCAGCCUCGGUGUAGCUCCUGCAAUUAGGGUGUUCUUGUCUUCCGUUUGUUGCUGCUGCAACCACAGCAGCAACUGCAGAAGCAGCACGGACACCGGCAGCAGCAAUAGCAGCGGCGCGUGUGGCAGCAGCAGCAACAGGCUGUCCUCCCCCUUCCCGAGCCCGCAGAUGCGCCUUGUGCAGACUCCAACCCCCGGGGGCAGCAGCAGCAGCAGCAGCAACGACGGCAGCAGCGGCAGCUCCAUCCGCAGCAGCAGCGGGCCCUGUAGGUGCACAAAUGCGACUUGCUGCUGCAGCUGCAGCAGCGGCAGCACCGCAGGCAGCAGCAGCAGCAGCAGCCGCAGGCACGCAGCAGACAACCGAGUGGUUGUUCGCUGCGCCCCUGCAUACGUCUACAGCGGCUGCUUCGAACUUAUCAAGAACGCCAUAGAGGCUACGGUGCAGCGGCAGCAGAAGCAGCAGAAGCAGCAGCAAAGUCAGCAGCAACAACAGGAGCAGCAGGGAGCUGUCGAGGAGGAGCAGCAGCAAGAGUGGGAUGCGUUGCCGGUGAGGCAGUCUCGGUGUAUAUACAGCCUGCCCGCUCUCUAUGGUGCUCCUUCCCAAGAGCAGCAGCAGCUUCAGCUGCCGCAGCAGCAGCAGCAGCAGCAGCAGGCCAUCAAGUUGCCCCCCGUCGACAUUCAUCUUAUACUGGCUGCAGAGUCGGGGGUUGUGGUGAAGGUGUGUGACAGCGGCAACGGCCUGUGUCUGACGGAGCAGCAACUUGCGUGGCGCUUCUUAUACUCCACUAGGACCAUGCCAGUGGAUCGGCAAAACAAGACGCGAGCUGGCUCCGCUGCGGCUCUAUUCUCAGGUUGGGGUGUGGGUCUUCCUCUUACGCGUAUGUACGCUCGGGCUCUCGGAGGCGAUGCUUUUAUGGAGUCGAGGAUUGGCAGAGGCACACGGUCGUACUUGUACGUGCCGGAUAUCAGCCCCACUGCAUGCACUGCCUCCCCCCAGACCAAUUCUGCUGCUGCUGUGGCGCCCCUGUGCUGCUGCAACCCCCUGGUCUGCGGCCCCCGAAGGCAGCAGCAGCAUGAGAAGCAGCACCAGCUUCAACAGCAACAGCAGCAGAAAAUGCAGCAACGGCAACACCUGCAGCAGCAACACCUGCAGCAACAGUCGCACAACCGCUGCUGCAGCAGCAGGAGCAGCAGCGGUAGUAGCCACUGCAGCCAACAAAGUUAG